CUGCGCAUGGCUGUCGAGUACAUACGCAGCUUGGAGCGCCUACUUGGCUUUAAUUUCCCCAUCGGCAGCGAUCGUGGCCUAUCAUUGAUGCAUGGCGGCUCAUCAAGCGAUGACAGCUUCACUUUCAUCAAAGACGAAUUCGAUGCGCUUUCGCCGCCGCUCGACGACACAAAUUUUGACGAUACUUUAAGCAACUACGACGUGGAGGAGUAUCUAAAUAACACAAACUUUGGCAAUCAAUCGAUCUCACAACCGACCGCCGACGCGACUGAUACGGACGCCUACGAAUUUGACUUGCUACCGAACCUAACGACCAUCAAUGGCAUGCAGUAUAUACGCAUACCGGGCACCAACACCUAUCAGCUGCUCACCCCAAAUGCACUCUUCAUGGGCAAUGCACCGCAUUCGCCGCCAAACUCCAGCCUUGAUGAUGAGUCCUUUCAGGCUUUAAUCGACACUAAUUGCCUAAGUCCUGCAGCAACAACAUCAUCGCCACAUAUUUCGCCGUCGUUGUCUGCAACAUCAAUUAACGCUGCACCUGCCGCAAUGGCGGACGUAUUACAACGGCACCCUGCUGCGGCCGCGCCGACCGAUGGGGAGACACGCGAAGAAGAAUGUGUAAAUGUAGCGGUUGCCGGCGCAUUAUCGCGAUCGCCAGUGCAAUCAUCCCCAACGAUGCGUUCAUCAUUACAUCAGCAGCAGCGGGAGCAGCAAGAGCGGGUGCAACAACUGUGUCAGCCACAAACACCAACGCAAGGGUCAGCCAACUUAUCACCUGCCGAUAAUGAUACACUUUUAUUACAGGCGUGUGCCACAACGACGGCCACCGCUGAUGAUGGCGAUGGCAAUGAAGACGAUGCAAACGAACGCCGCCGCCAACAACAGUUUGUGGCAUUGGCAACCCCUACAACGUUGUCGCUGCAGUCGCCGCACGCGAUUAAGCAGGAAUUCAAUGAUACAUUAACGGACUUUGUUCCCUCGAAUGUGUCGCCUUCAUCCGCGAAGAAUUUGUCUGCGGGCGGCGCAAUGUUAUUCCAACAACAAAUGCAGGAACGUUUAUUACUUAGCCACGCGCCGUUGUCCACAAUGUCACCGCCGUCGGAACGUUGCAGUUCACGAGCCACGCCAACGAACGUGGCGACGACCCCAAUGAUGGUAUUUGUGCCCACCGGCGCAACAACCCCAACCACAACCGGACUGCCAUCAUUCUAUGGCACUGAUACGGACAAUUCUUAUUACGAAAAUACGAAUAUCAUUUUGAAGAAGGAGUACAACAACGCUCUGCAUGAUGCGGUCGCAACUGUGGCAGCAAAUGAGACGUUAGGCGGGCUGCCCGACGAGAAUAUUAUCGAGGUGUUGGAUUGGUGGGAGGCGCAUACGCCAAAAUCAGAUGGUGGUGGUGGUGUGCUGCUGUAGAAAUGGAACUGCUCAGACGUUGAUGGCACGAUGGGGGUGAAUGGGUGGGAAAUCUAUUUGUAAAAUUUCGCAUUUCUUGCGAAAAUUGUUGAUGACGCUUACAUUUUUCGAAAAUGGCACCAGUUAGUUAUACGAUAAGAAGUACAUAUAUUUUAUACUUAAAAACAUGCAUUUAUUGAAAUAUAAGCGAUUGAUUGUAAAUAUACUACUUUCCCUUUUUUUAGUUAAUAGUAGUGUUGUAAACAGUAAACGAAGCAAAACAAACAUUUACUAUAAGU